CACCGCUGGCUCGAGCCGUAUUCGUUGUCCGUUUGUCUGAUCGUUCGUGUGCUCUGUUUGCUUCCUGAGGUGAUCCGCGUGCAUUUACUCCGCUUUUAUUUGUUUUCGCAUUUUAUUUUUGUCCGCAAAUUGUGUACUAGGAUUUAUCGUCCACGUUUUGUAGUACGCAGACCGGUGUGUUACUCUCGAUACCAUUAACGAAUCGACAUUCGAUUAAAGUUAUAAUUUAUUAUUUUAAUUACAAUAAAACCAAAUUCCAUAAUGAGUACGAAAGAAGCCAAGAAUGAUGUUGCAGUAGAAAAGAUCGCCGACAACGAUGUCGCAGAUGCCAAGGCCGACAUUAAAGGAACCAAAAGAACGGCAGACGAAAAAUCAGAAGAAGUAAAAAAAUUGAAAAAAGAAGAAAAUGGUGAGGAAGACCUUGACGAAGAAGAUGAACCUGAAGGAGAAGAAGAUGAGGAAGAAGAAUUUGCCGAAGGUGAAGAUGAUUUAGAUGAGGCUGAUGGAUGUUCGGAAGAUGAUGAUGAUGAAGCUGAUGUUGUAGAAGAAGAAGAUGAUUGAUGUGUAAACUGACAUAAUGUACAAUUGAACAAGUCUCUUAAUUUUAUAUAAUUUAUACAUAGUGCCGCAUGUACUCGGUAACUCCGUUUGAUAGAAUUUGGUUUCAAAAGUCAUUUUUUUUUUUUUUUUUUUUUUUUUUAUAUAUACAUAAUAUG